AACCGUCGGUUGUUCGCCAGUUGUCAGCGAAACACACAAGAUGAAGGACCCCGGGAGGGGAGUUGUCCACACGUGGACCUUAUUUAUAUUGUGGACUUUAUUCGAGCCGUUGUCGGCGCAGGUGCUUACACCUCCCUAUUUCAAUUUAGCAGUGAACAGAAGAAUUACUGCGUCGUCCACAUGCGGCGUAGGUGUAUCAGAUCCCGAGUUAUUCUGUAAGCUAGUGGGUGCAAAUGCCGAUCGCCAUGCGUCGUCAGAUCUCAUUCAAGGAGGACAAUUUUGUGACGUUUGUGACCCAAAUGUUCCUGAAAAAUUCCACCCGCCCGAAUAUGCCAUCGACGGAUCUGAAAGAUGGUGGCAAAGUCCGCCUCUAUCCCGAGGAAUGGAUUACAACCAGGUCAACCUCACCAUCGACUUGGGCCAGCUUUUCCAAGUUGCUUACAUCGUGAUAAAAAUGGGUAACUCUCCCCGUCCUGGCGUCUGGGCUCUAGAGCGAUCGACAGAUAAUGGAGAAACCUACACGCCAUGGCAGUACUACGCUGGAAAUCUGGCCGAGUGUGAAUCCUUCUUUGGAAAGGAAAGUCUGAAGCCCAUCCAGGAGGAUGACGACGUCAACUGCAUCACGCAUUUCUCAAAAGUUGUUCCCCUGGAGGGGGGAGAGAUUGUUGUUCAGCUUCUGAAUAACAGACCGAGUGCCAACAGUUUCUUCAACUCGACAACCCUGCAACAAUUUACUCGUGCAACAAACGUUCGUCUGCGUCUGCUGCGCACAAAGACAUUCCUCGGUCACCUUAUGUCAGUUGAAAGAGCAGACCCUACCGUGACCAGAAGGUAUUUCUACUCCAUCAAAGACAUCAGCAUCGGAGGACGCUGCGUCUGCAACGGCCACGCAGACGUGUGUGACCUGACUGAUCCGGACGACCUCUACAAACUGAAGUGCAGAUGUCAGCACAACACGUGUGGCUCCCAGUGCGAAAGAUGCUGCCCUGGGUUCAUCCAGAAGAAGUGGAGACCUGCCGGUUACCACGUCGGCUUUGUUUGCGAACCGUGCAACUGCUUCGGCCACACGAACGAAUGUCUCUACGAUGAAGAGGUCGACGAGAAGAACCUCUCCAUCGACAUCUUCGGCAACUACGAAGGAGGAGGAGUUUGUCAGAACUGCCGGCAUAACACCAAAGGAAUCAACUGCAACGAAUGUAUGGACGGCUACUACAGACCCUAUGGGAAAGAACUCAACGACACGGAUGUCUGCCAGCCUUGUGACUGCAACGUCUUCUACUCCACCGGAAACUGCGAAGACGGCACGGGGCAGUGCCAGUGUCGACCGGAAUUCCUUCCGCCCUACUGCAGGGAGUGCAACGACGGCUACUACGACUACCCCGACUGCAAGCCCUGCGACUGCCACAAGAACGGAACGAUCGGCGGCGUCUGCGAAGUUGGGGGUGGUCAGUGCCCAUGCAAGGAGAACUACCAGGGUCUGAACUGUGACGAGUGUGCCCCGGGUUACUACAACUUCCCCGAGUGCUUGCCCUGUGACUGCAGCGAGAUCGGCACCCUGGACAACAGCACCUGUGACAUAGAGACUGGCCAGUGCGGCUGCGUCAACAAGUUCGGAGGACGUAAAUGUGAUAGAUGCGCCCAUGGCUAUUUUGACCACCCGACAUGCGCAUUUUGUAACUGUGAUGCCCAGGGAACCCAGCCAGAGAUCUGUGACAAAAGCACCGGGGAAUGUCUGUGCCUGGAAGGUUUCAGUGGGUCGCGUUGUGACAGCAAUGCUCCAGGUUUCUGGGGUUACCCCUACAUCCAGAUCUGUGGCUGCCACGAAAGAGGAUCCGCCUCGACUGUCUGCGAUGCGUCUGGAGACUGCGCCUGCCUGACCGGCUUCUCUGGGCGCGCUUGUGACCAGUGUAGCUCUGGGUACUACAACUUCCCCGACUGCAUUAAAUGCGCUUGUGACUCUGCAGGAAGCAUAGGUAUUUCCUGUGACAAAGAUGGCAAGUGCAAGUGCAAACCGAAUUACAGCGGAGUCCAUUGCGAUAAGUGCUUCGAGGGGUUCUAUAACUUCCCUCUGUGUGAAGAAUGUAACUGCAACCCAGCUGGAGUGUUAGAGACCUUCGCUGGGUGUGGCAAUGCUCCGGAAGGAGAGCUCUGCGAGUGCAAAGGGCGCGUGACAGGAAGGAUUUGUGACACUUGCCGUCCUCUGUUCUGGAAUCUACGACAGGACAACCCAGAAGGAUGCGAGGAGUGUAAAUGCGACACCUCUGGCACGGUAGGGGGAAUGUCAUCUUGCGAGCAGAAGAGUGGCCAGUGUUUCUGCAAACCAGGAGUUCGUUCCCGCAGGUGCAAUGAAUGCAGAGAUGGCACCUACAACCUACGGGACGAUAACAUGUUCGGAUGCACUAGCUGUGGGUGCAAUUUAGGCGGCUCUGUGGACAACACGUGCGACAAGGAAACGGGCCAGUGUCGGUGCCGUCCUCGUGUCACUGGCCAACACUGUGAUGAGCCGCUUCAGCUUCACUAUUUCCCAACCUUCUACCAACUGAAAUACGAAGCGGAGGAAGGACGCACCCCACAGAAUACAGCAGUAAGAUUCGGUUAUGAUGAAGAUGUCUAUCCAAAUUAUUCGUGGAGAGGUUAUGCAGUCUUUUCUGAAAUUCAAAAGGAAAUUAUCAACGACGUUUACAUAGAGAAGCCGUCACUGUACCGCAUGGUGAUGUCAUACCAUAACCCUAACAAGCAUACUGUUGUUGGCAAGAUCAUUAUUACUCCAGACGACCCAUUGGAUUCACAACAGGAAGUUGACGUUCACUUCAGAUCGACGUCUGAGCCGAAGCUCAUGACGGUUGUCACUGUUCCCGGCGAUUUCCCUGUCCCUCUCGUGAUGAAUCCUGGCCGAUGGUCUAUCGCUAUCGUCAAUGACAAGAACCUCUUUUUGGAUUACUUCGUAUUGCUGCCUCUUGCAUACUAUGAAGGAGCAAUCUUGUCCGAGAACGUGACAGUCCCUUGUGCUCUAGGCCAAGACGAGAGUCAGAUGUGUGUGCACUACACAUACCCUGACAUCUACGAGCACAGUUACAUCUAUGGUUCGGCUGGCUAUCGCAAGGCCGGAAAUGAACGGGAGGCUGUUGAUCUAUAUGAUGACGAAGAGGUGUUGCGGAUGCUGGACACCCAGCCAAUGGCCUGGCUGAACCACAACCAGCCAGAGGUCCAAUACGAUCUGAGACUCGGCAAAUCCGGCCACCACAUCCUCCUCAUCAACUACUACACUCCAGAAGGUUCGCCAACGACGAACGUCAUGAUCGAGACCUCCACCCGCAAAGGGAAAGCGAAAGGGCGAGCCAUCCUCUACGACUGCCGGUACUCGACCACUUGUCGCCAGGUCAUCACUGACCUCGAGGGAAAAGUCGGAGUCUUCCCAUUCGACAGCAAUUUCGUGAAUGUCGUGGUUAAAGGCGAGACCAACACAAACAUUGGCAUCGAAUCCAUCGUGGCUGUCCCUCACGAGUUGUGGCACGAGGACCUGGUGAGACUGCAGCCGGUGUGUGCCCGUCUCAACGGGGAAUGUUUGACCUCCCAGUUCCCCCACCCACCAGAAACAACAAAGAUCGAGUUCGAGAACAACCUGGAAGGGAAGAGGGCUGCCGAACUGCCUUGGGGAAUCUCGAACAACACAGGUCUCGUUUUCUUGAACCAUAGCGAUCCCAUGGUGGAUAUCACCGGCAAACUACGCUCAGCUGGCGGCUAUGUCUUCAUCGUCCAUUACUAUCAACCUCUGUACCCCGAGUUUGAAGUCGAUGUACUGCUGCAGAAUGGACAGUUCUAUGAGGCUUCACUGGAUGUUCACCACUGUCCCAGUACUUCAGGCUGUAGGGAUGUUAUCAGGCAUCCUGAUGGUUCAUAUGUAUUCAACGUCCUUGAGAACUUCGUGUUAUCGUUGAAGGAACCAGAUCAUAAGUCACUGUGGUUGGAUUAUCUCCUUGUAGUUCCCGCUGAGCAGUUUACUCAAGAAAUAUUGCAUGAACUUCCACAAGACAGAACUGCCGAGUUUAUAAGCCUCUGUGGACAAGAUAAUUUCAAUCUUCAGCCAAACGCUUCUGAUUUCUGUCGAGAUGCAGCAUUCAAACUAACAACGGACUACAACAGUGGAGCUCUGCCGUGUCAGUGUGACUUCUACGGAUCUGCAAGCUUCGAGUGUGAAAGCUUCGGUGGCCAGUGUGCCUGCAAACCAAACGUGAUUGGCAGGAGAUGCGACAGAUGCAAAACAGGCUACUUCGGUUUCCCAGACUGCAAACCUUGUGACUGUCCAUCCACGGCCCUUUGCGAUCCUGUCACCGGCGAAUGCAUCUGCCCGCCACGCGUGGAAGGAGACCGCUGUGAGAGAUGCAGCCCCUACACCUACGGUUUUGACCCCAUCAUUGGAUGUGAGGAGUGCCAGUGUUCUCCUCUCGGAGUCAAGGCUGGUAACCUACAGUGUGACAUGCUGACAGGGAAGUGUGACUGUAAGGAUGCUGUUGUUGGUAGGAGGUGCGAGCGAUGUGCAGCUGGGUACUGGUCAUUCCCAUUCUGUCAGCUUUGUGACUGUGACCUGAGAGGAACAGAGGCUGAAAUCUGUAACCAGGAUAAUGCACGUUGCUAUUGCAAAAGUAAUGUGCAAGGUUAUUCAUGCGAGAAUUGCGUCUCUGGAUCUUACAACCUUGAAGAGAGCAAUCCAGAUGGCUGCACCAAGUGCUUCUGUUUUGGCAAGACAGAUUCUUGUUCCUCAUCUGAUAUGUACUGGACGAAAUUCAGUGUAGAGGACAUGUCUGAAUUUAGAGUGGUAGUCUUGGAGCAAUAUCUUGCAUACAAAGGACUGCAAUCAUCACUGGACAGCUCCCUAUUAUUUUCAACAAUAAGUCAGCUACCAGAAUAUUCAGUAGACUCUGUGGAGCAAGAAUUGGGUGAUCUUGAUGUGGAGUUCCCCGAAUCGUCUGCAUAUUUCAGUUUACCACUUGAUUACUUAGGAAACAGGCUUACAUCUUAUGGUGGCUAUUUGACAUACUCUCUUUAUUACCAAGUGGAAACGUCUGAUGGUAUAGAAUUGGAGAGUCCAGAUGUCUUUUUACAAGGCAACAAUAUCAUCGCCCAGUAUUUCCUGGACGAACAACCAGAAAACAGGGAGCCUUUCAAUGUCUCCAUUCGCCUAACAGAACAUAAUUUCAGAACGCUGUCAGGGGCCUCAUUAAAAAGAGACCAAUUUAUGACCAUGUUACUCAAUCUGGAGGGUAUCUACAUUCGAGCAAACUACUGGACCAACACCACAUUCUCAAGAUUGUCCGACGUAUUCCUGGAUGCCCCAACCGUAAACUGGCCUGGGAGAGGUGCUCACCCAGCAUUAUCUGUGGAGCUUUGUCAGUGCCCAGUUAAUUAUGAAGGCACGUCUUGCGAGAGGUGUGCGGAUGGGUACUACCGUGCCCAGAGGGGCCCGUAUGGCGGUUAUUGUGUGCCCUGUCAGUGUAAUGGUCAUUCAAAUACCUGCGACAAAGAGACAGGAAAAUGUAUCAAUUGCCGGCACAAUACAGUUGGUGACUACUGUGAACUGUGUGGUCCGGGCUACCACGGCAAAGCAACACAGGGGACUCCAUAUGACUGUCUGAUCUGUGCCUGUCCACUUCCAUCCAUUACAAACAACUUUGCAGAAAGUUGCGAUGUCACUGAAGAUGGCGUAUCCAUCCAGUGCAACUGCAGGCCAGGGUACGUUGGGCGCCACUGUGAAAGGUGUGCUUCAGGGUAUUAUGGUCGACCUGAGACACUGGGCGAAAGCUGCCAACCUUGUGAGUGCAAUGGCAACAUAGACGCCAACGACCCUUACGCCUGUGACGACAUCAGCGGCCGAUGCUUAAGCUGCCUAAACAAUACCUUUGGAAAUUUGUGUGAGAGGUGCGCUCCUGGAUUCUACGGUGAUGCCAUUGAGGAGAAGAACUGCGAAAGCUGCACUUGCAACGAGUGCGGGACUCGGAACUGUCAACACUUCACCGGCAAGUGCGAGUGCUUCCCGAAUGUGGACGGAGAGGACUGUGAUCGCUGCGCUGCAGAUCACUGGGGCUUUGCAUCUUGCCAGGGCUGCCAACCGUGCCAAUGCGGAAUUGCAGCCGCCAAGAGCCAGUGUGACGAAGGGACCGGUCAGUGCAUAUGCAGAGAUGGCGCAACAGGACAACGAUGCGAAUUAUGCAAACCGGGCUACUGGAACUACACUCGCCACGGAUGCCAAGCUUGCACGUGUCAGGAAGGGUUCAGCGUUGGUGUAGGAUGCAACCCACUGACUGGCCAGUGUUCCUGCUUACCCGGCGUUGUUGGAGCAAACUGUGAUGGGUGCCCCUACAGGUGGGUACUGAUUGAAGGAUAUGGCUGCCAAGAGUGCGAGGAGUGUGUUCAUGCUCUGCUUGACACUACUGAUGAACUUAUUAGGCUAAUUGAGCCAACGAUACUGGAAUUCAAGACCGCAGCGCACAGCUACUUCCUCCACCAGUCGUUGAGCGCUAUCAAUUCGACGGUGCACGAGCUUCGACCACGGGUCGAUCUGAUGGACCUUCCCCAGGCUGAGACGCAUCCAAUUCACACAGCCAUCGAGGACGUCUUCAAGACGGCGCAGUCCAUUUCUGGCAAGGCAAACAUUCUGUACGAUCGAGCUGACGAAGCCUCAACAAACAGCUUUGCAGUGUUUAACGACGCCCUUGCCGUUCAGAAACACGUCGAUGACGCCUUCAGUUCAGCAAGGAGUGUCAUUGGAGAGAUCAAUCGGCUUGUAAUUGGUCUGGAGACUGGCACAGGUGCACAACUUGAGCAAGCAAUUCACGAAGCCGAAGACAUUGUGGAUCGGAUGCGACAGCGCGAUUUCAGUCCAUUUGGGGAUAAGGCGGAAGUAGAACUGGAAAUUUCCAAAGAAUGGCUGGAAAGAAUGGAAGGUUUCUUCAACCCAGUUAAAGCCCAAGAGAAUGCAACAGGAUCGUACGAGAAUUCCCUGAAGAAGUACGAUGAGAAACUAACGGAGAUGCGAGGUCACAUCCUGAAGGCUAAUGAUAAGGGCAAAAGCGCCCAAGAGAUGAACCAGGAGAAUAAAGUGUUCGGGUACGAAGCUUUGAAGAAGAAACUGGACGAGGCUAAUAAGAUGGAUGGUCAGGUCGAGAAGUUCAUCAAUGAAGGCCGAGAUUAUGUCGAUAAAGCAAACCAGAACUAUCAGAACGCUUCAGGAAAUUAUGAUAUGUUAGUUGUGGAGAUUGGAAAACUUCGAACUGCAAAAUCUAACUUGAAUACGACAGUGGCAACAGUUGUGUCGGAGCUCGAACGAGCUCAGCUUCCAGCGCACAAAGCGCAAGGUCACGCCGAAAUACUCAAGAAUCGGGCCGAUGAACUGGAUGAUUUGCUGGCAGACACUCGUCAGGUGGCUGAAAAUGCUCUGGAAGCCGCAAAUGCUUAUAAUAACAUCGUUAUUGCCAUUGAUGAUGCUUACAAUGCCUCUGUUGUUGCCAAGAAAUCUGCUAUGAGGGCUGUUGAAAUGUCUGAAGGUAUCAGUGACCAAGCUCUGGACUCUCAGAAGAAGUCUGAAGAAAAGUAUGGACUCGCUGAGCUGAGGGUGGUUCAAGUUGAAAGUGAGCUUCGUCCUCAGUUGAUCAGUGCUCAGAAAGAUGUACAAAAUCUAAAAGAUAUCAAUUUAUACAUCAGUGGCUCCUUAGCUGUCAUUGACAGUGGACUAGAGUCCCUUCAAGCUUCAUCUAUUUCUGAAGAAGCUGCAGAUCUGAAAGGGAGUGCGGUUGAGUCCAGGGAAAGCGCCAACGAGGCCAUUCUCAACAUUGCAAACAUUGAAGACCAGUUACCUCAAGCCGCUGAGGAGGCGCGUGCAUUAAGGAAAAAUAUUGCAGAAGGACAGAAAGCUAUCCAGCUUGCGUACAAACAGGUUGAAGAAGUGGAGCAAGUUGUCCCAGAAAUGGUGGAGCUUGCCAGCACCCUUCGUACCAGGAAAGACGCCAUCCAGGCCAAAGGGAUUGACGUUGGCGAUCGCCUGGAGAAGCUGAGAGACACCAUCAAGAAGACUCGCGAACUUGCUAACAAGAUUAAAGUGGGAGUUUCAUUCCUGCCCAAUACAACACUGGAACUGCAAAAUCCUGAAGACCUGUCUAAGGCUGCUACAGCUACAAAGGUAUCAUUUUAUGUACAAACCACUGAGCCCACAGGCCUCCUUGUGUUCAUGGGGACGCCAGUUGGAGGUAGCCAAAGAAUGAGGCGCUCGCUCAGUGACGACUUUAUGGCUCUGGAGCUUGAUCAGGGAUUCCUUCACCUCACGAUGGACCUUGGAGCUGGAGCUCACACCAUCGAAUACAAUGAUCUUUAUAUUGCUGAUGGAGUGUGGACUCAGAUCAUAGUAGAAAGGACGGGCAAAGUGGUGAAAUUAUCCAUCCAACGAGAAGUCGACGGUGAUAUCGACGCAGGAUCAGUUGAGGAGGUUCUGCCCGGAAGGUUCUCUGUGUUCAAUCUGGAUCCUAAAGUGUCCAAGAUCUUCGUUGGCGGCAUACCUGCAGGCGUGGAAAUCGACAAGUCCAUCAGGAGCACGUCAUUCUUUGGGCAAAUAGAAGACCUGAGAAUUAAUGACCGACCGCUUGGUCUCUGGAAUUUCAUACAUAAUGGAACAAAUAACAUUUACCAGCGAGGAGCCUUAGAGAGAGAUAAGUUGGUUGACCUGAAACCAGUAACCGGUUUACGCUUUGAUGGCAAUGGAUACGCGGCCCUUGAUACCCGUAAUGGAUACCGCUUCCAAAAACUGUUCGACAUACAAAUAGACUUCAAGACCUUUGCAGAGGACGGAAUUCUGUUUAUGAUAGUUAGUGAGAGUGAUCAGUACAUGAGUGUAUCUCUGGAAGAGGGCCACUUGCUUUUCCAGUAUGAUUUAGGAACUGGUGGUGCGACAAUAAGAUCAGAAAACACGUACAAUGAUGGGCAGUGGCACCACGUGGAAGUGGCCAGGCAGCAAAAGGCCGGCGUCCUGAAGAUAGCUCAAGAGACCAUUCAAGGAGAAUCAGGAGGCAGUGCAACACAGUUCAAAGACAUUCCAGAGGUCAUGUACUUCGGUGGUUAUCCAGGAGAGCACGAGUUCACAGACAUCACCAAUGAUGAUUUCAACGGCUGCAUGGACAACGUUAUCUUGUCGUCCGUUAAUGUUGACCUCACAAAGAGCACGGAGUCCCUUGGCACGGUACCGGGAUGUCCAAUACAGGUGGCGAGCCUUGUGUCAUUUGACAUAGAGAAUCCAGGCUAUGUCAGGUACGACAGCCCAGAUGGAAGCGGCCUGCAGCUCGUCUUCAAGUUCAAGACGGACCAGCCUGAUGGAAUGAUAUUCUAUGCCUCGACGGCAGAUCAAAGCAGUUAUCUCUCACUCUCCAUGGCUGAAAGUGCACUCAUCCUUCGUGCAUUCCCGGGAGGAGAGCUCACCACAGGUUCCUUCGAUAGAUACAACGACAGUGAAUGGCAUGUGGUCAUUGCAACGCGUGAACAUAAUGUUCUUCGUCUUGACAUUGAUGAUUACAAGUCUUACAGGGUCGAUGUGCAAAAACGGGCUAUUCCACUCGACGGUCCGGUGUUCUUCGGUGGCGUACCAGACACUUACAGCAUUGCAGCGGCAGCCUCUGCAACCGAUACCAAUUUCUACGGGUGCAUUGGAGAUGCUACUCUCAAUGGCCGUGUUGUCAACUUCGCUCAGAGCACAGAACGCCCAAGAGCUCUUCUGCAGAAGUGUCCGAUAUUCAAGAGCACUGCUCUCUUCCAGACUCCAUCUCUGGGACAGAGGAGGAGAAAUAUUAGUGAGGUGGUCGACGUGCCAAUCAUCGCGAGAGGCACACUGCCGCCAGUGGACUUGGAGGCAGAACCAGAGGUGGAGGAAGACUCGGAGGAAUACGAUUAUAGCACAAGCCAAGAGUCCUUCAGUGUUACCCCUAGAUCACCCUUCCAAUCAGUAACCUUCCUUCCUCCUACUAGCACCUUUAAAUCCGUCUUUGUUACUGAGGAAACUCGUCCUUCAGUGACGCACCCAAUCCUCCGAGAUCGCUGUGCUCUCCCGGUGGAGCCAGCGACAGAAGAAGUCGACGAAACCUCCGGGUUCAGAUUCGAUCCUGAAUUCUCUGGUGGAUAUAACUUUGGGAGCAAAAGGUUCAGCCGUAUUGAGUUUGCUACUCUGCCUGACAACGCUCGAGCAGAUUUCAAAUUUUCGUUUGAUAUGAAGACGACAGCUGAUGAGGGUAUCAUCUUCUAUGGUUCCAGCAGUACACAUCGAGAUUAUGUCACUUUCUACCUCAAGGACGGCAAGCUUGUGUUCAGCUUCAACCCUGGCACUGGUGCUGCACUGAUGAGAGGCAUACAGCCUGUCAACGACGGCCAGUGGCAUACCGUAGUUGUCGAGAGGCGUGGAGACUACGGCGUGCUCUAUGUUGAUGGCUACCUCGUCUCAAAUGGCACCAGCAAAGGCGAAUCCAAGUUUAUUGAUUUGGAGUCGCCAUACUACUACGGUGGAGUUAAUCAAGAGGUCACUGAGCUCGUUCGCCAGAAUACAGAGAACACAGAGUUGUCAUUUAACGGAUGCCUGAGAAACAUUCGAAUGAACAAUAACCGUCUUGGCGGGAAACACGAAGCCCACAGUCUGAAUCGUUGUUCCGACAAGGUGGAAACAGGUGUCUUCUUCGGAGAAGGGCUUCGUUCACACGUCAUUCUAAAUAAACGCUUCAGUGUCGGCCGCGUUUUCGAAAUGUCUCUCGACGUCAAGCCGAGAAAGAACAGCGGAGUGAUCAUGUCCGUGCAUGGUCGGCGAGAUUUCGUCUUGCUCCAGCUGAAAGAUGGCGCCAUCGAGUUCAGUGUGGACAAUGGCAAAGGCGUCAUCACGGCGAGAUACACACUGCCAUCUCCAUGGAUGAUCUGUGAUGGAGAGUGGCACACAAUUCAAGUUAUCAAGACCAAGAAUAUUGCCAUGCUUGUCGUAGAUGGAAUCUCCACAAAUCCCGUCAAGGGCAAGAUAGGGGCGACAUCUACCGACACCAAACAUCCAUUAUUCCUGGGUUCGCAGCCUCGCAUAUCAGCGAGACGUGGCGAAGCCACGGACGAGAAGUUCGUCGGAUGUGUCCGAAACCUCACAAUCAAGAACGCCCCGGCUGACUUGGCGUUCGCUACAUUCGUCGGAAAUGUGGAUGCUGGAUCUUGCCCAACAAUAUAAUAGGCUUUCCAUCUUUCCUCUGCAACGUGGAUGCAUAUAUGUUACGAUCUUUUCCUAUUCAGUUAGCAAUAUAUAUAUUUUUUUUAACUCAAAAUUCGAAAUAAAACACCUUUCAUGGAAUUGAGUACUGUAGGAAGAAAUAUCAAUAUACAAGUUCUUUGUGUGGUUUCCAGCUUGUAUAAAUUUGAAUCUUAAGAGGACAGCAUUCACACUAUGAAGCCACGAAUGAUUCUUCCUGGAAAUCGACGCAGAGUGAAUUUAAAAAUGUUCUUAGGAAGUUUCGUAACAUUUGAAAAAGUUGUUCAGAAGAUCAUAGAAUGUGCAUCUAUAUCUGAAAAAUCAGUAAUGGUUGUCUGCUUUCAUCAAUAAAUAAUUGCGUGUUUUUUCUUUUGGUUUAUCUUUUGGCAUUAACUCACAGUAUAAUUAGCGAUACAAGUUUGGUUAUUUGGCAUUAUGUUAUAGACAAAUUAUAUUGCACUUUGGUGGUGAGAAGUUUGUUUUUUACUGAAUAAAUUCAAAAUUUU